AUGGGCUGCUCCCAGAUCAUCAAGGGUUCAGGCCUGGAGCAGGCCUCAGAUGGACAGGAGAACUCAGAGAUGGACACAUUUCAGGAGAAUGCCGAACCCAUUGGCAUUAACGCAGAUCCAUAUCCUGGGCAGGUACAGAACCAAUCACAUGUGGUAAAGCCUGCCACUCCUGUCAAGAAGCAUGGAGGGUCAGUUGGCACCCUGAUUCCUGGGUCAGAAGCCUGGCCAGCUUCUGAAACGCUCAUCAGCAAGCCCCUUUGCAUGUCCCAGGCAGCAAGUAACACUUCUGUCAGCCUCAGGGGCCUCAGGGCAUUCAUCUCCUCCUUGCUGGCUCUUCCUUCUCCGAGUCUCCUGGCUGUGACCACGCUGGCUCUGAGCCCUGUGGCUCUGACCUUCCUGUGGAGACACAAGCUGUGGCAAGAGUGCCACCAUCUGCAGCUGGCUAACAUCCUGCUCUCAGAUCUGUCGUACAUUUUCUUCCACAUGCUCUUCUCCUCUAGCAAUCUGGGCAGCUGGGCCCUGGGCUAUGUCACUUGUGAUGUUCUUCUCACAGACUCUAUUUUCACUGCCUACUCCAGAACCAUCUUGUCUUUCAUGGGUACUGUGCUGCAUACUUACCUGGCAGUCACUCAUCCUCUAUACUACCUCUUCUUCAUGUCCUGUGAGACUGCCCGGAAAGUGGUGGCCCUCAUCUGGCUGGUGGCCUGCUUCUUCCCCACAUUUCUCACUUGGCAGCAAGAUGCCAUGUUGGAAGAAUGAAGGGCCUCAGGCAUCCUGUAGCUGAGCCUGAGCACCAAGUUGGGCCAUGGCCCCCUGGUCACUGUCACCCACUCCUGAAUCUUGUGCAAUCUUUUUCUAUGCACAGCUAUCACCUACUGCUUCUGGAGGAUCUAUGCAGAGUCCAGGGAUUCAGGCAUCUGGGUGCAGAGCUGUUCCUGGGAUAGGGAGCUGCUUAUCCACUCAGUGCUAAUCACACUGUGUGUUAACCCCAUGGUCGUGUUUCCCCUGGACAAGUACCACCACAUUGAAGCCAGGACUUAUGUGCUCACAACAGCCAGCAGCGAGGUGCUCAUGGUGCUUCCUUAUGCUGUGUUCCCAUACCUGUACACACUCUGCCACUGGGGGCUGCUGGGGAUGGUCUGGGGCCACUUCUCAUCCAGGAGGCACAGUGAUAUCAUCACUAUUUCUCAGAUUACAGACUUUACAGUCUAGCAGGCUGAGGUUCAGGAGUAUAUAGUGGAUGCAUCAGCAUCCAAUUAUGGCCAGUUCUUCCAAACUGUGAAGUGUAGUUGUGCAACAAGACC